AUGGGCUGGCCUCUAAUUGGCGAGACCUUUCAUUUCUACUCCCAAGAUCUAACCUUUUUCUUUAGAAAACAAAAAAGGUACGGGGAGAUAUUCAAGACUCACAUUCAUGGGUGUCCCUGUGUGAUGUUGACCACUCCUGAGGCAGCUCGCUUCGUGCUCGUCACACAGGCUCAUCUCUUCAAACCCACAUACCCACAAAGCAAAGAGCGUCUCAUCGGACCAUCGGCUUUGUUUUUCCACCAAAGUGAAACCCAUUUGCGCCUUCGUAAGCUAAUCCAAAGCUCCCUCUCACCGGACCCUGUUCGGACCUUGGUCCCUCACAUCCACGCCCUCGCUAUCUCUACAUUGCCCUCGUGGCUCAAUGGCCAUCUCAUCAAUACUCUCCAUCAAAUGAAGAAGUUCUCUUUUGAAGUCGGAAUUCUGGUAAUUUUCGGGCAUUUGGAGAACGCCAAUUACAGAGACGAACUAUUGAAGAACUAUUCCAUAGUGAACAAAGGCUACAAUUCUUUCCCCACCAACUUUCCCGGAAGCAUUUACAAAAAAGCACUUAAAGCAAGAAACAGACUGGGAGAGAUCAUAAACUGUAUAAUCUCAGAGAAAAGGGAGCAGAGAAAGGAAUUAGAGGAGAAGAAUCUGUUGGCGUGUCUCCUAAAAUGGAGAGAUGCAAAAGGAGAAAGCUUAAGCGACGACCAGAUCGCCGACAACAUCAUCGGAGUCCUGUUUGCGGCUCAGGACACCACCGCCAGUGUUCUCACUUGGGUCGUUAAAUAUCUCCACGAUAAUGACAAAAUUCUAGAAGCAGUCAAGGUGGAACAAAGGGCAAUUGAAGAAGCCAUUAAUGAGGGGAGCCGAGCAAUGAGCUGGGCAGACACACGAAACAUGCCAUUUACCAACAAGGUCGUGUUGGAGAGCUUGAGAAUGGCGACUGUUAUAUCUUUCUCGUUUAGAGAAGCGGUGACCGACGUUGAAUACAAUGGAUAUUUAAUUCCAAAGGGUUGGAAAGUAAUGCCUUUGUUCAGGAAUAUUCAUCACAAUCCUGACUACUUUCUUCACCCUCACAAAUUUGAUCCCUCGAGAUUUGAGGUUGCUCCAAGGCCCAAUACAUUCAUUCCAUUUGGCAGUGGGGUCCAUGCCUGCCCUGGUAAUGACCUUGCCAAGCUUGAAAUCUUGAUCAUGAUCCACCAUUUAGUCACCAAAUUCAGGUGGGAAUUGGCAGGACAGAAAGAUGGGAUUGAGCAUGGCCCAUUUCCAGUUCCUAGGGAUGGGCUUCCUAUCAUACUCUGGAGAUUAUCAAACUGA